AGUUAGUCGCUUGUUAGCUCCUUAACCUUUCACCACUUCCGCCCGUCCUCCGGACUCCGGACCUCCAGAUCUGCGCUUCCAUGGAGAGCGUCGCUCUGAGGUGCUCCGCUGCCUGGCGCUUUGCUGCACUAAGAAGCUCCGUCACAUCCAUCAGUCCCAGUCUGAGGGUCCGCACCAGCUCCGUCAGGUCCACCAUUCCCAGUCUGAGGUUCCACACUGCAGCGUCUCCCAUGAUGGGUGUGACGGUGGAGCAGUUUGAGCAGGCGAAGAACAAACUGUCGACGCUGAAGAAAGACCCGGGCAACGAGGUCAAACUGAAGAUCUAUGCCCUCUUCAAGCAGGCCACCCAGGGUCCCUGCAACACUCCCAAACCAGGAAUGCUGGACUUUGUCAACAAAGCCAAGUGGGAUGCAUGGAAGUCUCUGGGCUCCAUCUCACAGGAUGAAGCCCGACAGCAGUACUGCAAUGUGAUUGGCUCCCUGUUGGAGGCAGAGGCCGGUAGCUCUGCCCAGGUGGCUGCAAAGCCAGCUGGGAGCGGGGCGACCUACGAGACGCUGUUGGUCACCACAGAGGAUGACAUCACCACCAUCAAACUGAACCGACCAGCCAAGAAGAACGCCAUCACGACGGAGAUGUACAACGAGAUCAUCGCUGCUUUGGAGCAAGCAGCGAAAGACGACUCUGUCAUCACCGUCUUUACUGGCGCCGGUGAUUUCUACUGCAGCGGAAACGACCUCACCAACUUCACCAAGAUCACAGAGGACGGGGUGCAGGAGAUGGCCAGACGCGGUGGAGAGCUGCUCAGGAAGUACGUGAAGGCCUACAUCGACUUCCCGAAGCCGUUGGUGGCCGUGGUGAACGGACCGGCGGUGGGCGUCUCCGUCACUGUGUUGGGGCUCUUCGAUGUGGUCUACGCCACAGAGAGGGCCACCUUCCACACUCCGUUCAGUCAGCUGGGCCAGAGCGCUGAAGGCUGCUCCUCCUACACCUUCCCCAAACUAAUGGGUGCUGCCAAGGCCAGCGAGAUGCUGCUGUUCAACAAGAAGCUGACGGCGGCUCAGGCCUGUGAACUCGGUCUGGUCACUGAGGUUUUCCCCGACAGCAGCUUCCAGUUGGAGGUGUGGACUCGACUGAAGGCCUACGCCAAGCUGCCCCCCAAUUCUCUGGCUCUGUCCAAACAGCUGAUCCGCUCGAUGGAGAAGGAGCAUCUCUACGCCGUGAACGACGCGGAGGUGGAGCUUCUGGUGGAGCGCUGGACGUCAGACGAGUGUAUCAACGCCGUCAUGAGCUUCUUCUCGGCCAAGGCCAAGCUGUGAUGGAGCGAGGGAGCGGAGGUGUGAGAGGCAGGAAGAUCAUGAUGGUUUUUAAUUGUAGAAGUCACACAGUGAAUCACAAGUAGUGAAACUAACACCAGGUUCAAACUGCAGGGUGAUCAAAUCAGAUCAUAUGAUGUUUCCUGACCAAUCACAGCUCAGGAGGCAGGUGUCGCGGACCCCGUCCAUUAAACUGGUCUCCCUCGCCUGUUCACCAUCAGCUGAUCACAGACAGGAGGGAGGCUUUGGAGGACCUGCAGAGAGCUUUUUGGACCUUCUCGGUCUCAUGAACAAACAUCUGCAGAACGUUUCUGCUGGUUGGUGCUCUGCAGUCUUCUGCUGUCUGUCGGCUCUGAUUCUGAGUCUUCAGAUGUCUCUCUCGGGGGGUGGUAUGAUUGGUGAUGAUCUGAAGUGGGUACAAACUUGUUCUCCUGUCGCUGUAUGAAUGUAGAUGCAGGCUGAACAGGCCCCUCUAACAUGUACUGUAACAAGCUGCUGAUGCUGGAACCCGUCAGAGGAAUCCUGCUGUUUCUUUAAAACUGAAUUAAGCUGAGGAUUCAGAGCCUCCAUCAUACACAUGCAGCCUUUAAAAUCAAUGUGUGAUGUAAUGUGGACCACAGCUGGAGGUGCUUUGGCCCUGCCAUCAUUCUCACUGCAGCCUCUCUUUGUGUUUUUAGUGUGCAUGAAAUAAACUGUUGUUGAAGUGCCUUCAAUGCUUUGUAAUCUCCUGCAGCUCAUCAUUGAUCUUCAGUCUGUCAGUCAAAUAAAUUCCUAUCAUGAACUCGG